GUGGGCUAAUGAACAUCAGAGGGGCCACCGGCACGUCGCUGUCCUCCUCUCCUCCCGGUACCGUUUACUGUCUCUGGGAGAAACAGCGGACUGAGGCUGGAACUGAGGCUGGAACUGAGGCUGGAACUGAGGCUACUCUGUAACAAUGUUUGACUUGAAGAAGAGGAACAGUUUGACUCUGAACAGCCGCGACACGGAGGAGUUCAGACGAGUGGCGGUCAGACGGAAGGUCAAAGGUGCUGCGGUGGACUGCCACAGCGCACAGACAGUGAGCAGUGGAGUGCGAGGCUCGUACAGCUGUGGGCGUGCUUGUGACAGCGUCUGUGGAUCGGAACCAAACUCUAAACCUGGAGCAGAGGAAGACAUUAAAAGAAGCCCCGCUAUAGGAUCACCUUUCAAACCACAAGUGCCUCCUAAACCAGCUCACCUCCUGAGUCCUCUGAGUACAGGACAAGCUCAAGCCCACAGUCCCACCACAGGAAAAUUAAUACCUCAAUGCGUUAAUGGCACAGAACAAGAUCAGAGUCCUAAUAGAGGUUGUGUAGUUUCUAUUUCCUGUGUCAGCCCAGCACAGAAGUGUCUAGGCUCCCCUAGUCCUGUCAGAGGAGGAGGGAACAGUUUUUUGAAUGGAUUAUUUGGAGCACAUAUCAGCCCUGCCAGACACACUCAAGGGAUUCCAAAUCUCACGAGCAGUCCAGUUUUCGGGUCUCCAAGUCCAGGCAAAAGAGGCAUUCAGAGCUGCAGCUCACUGAGGGAAGGUGGGCACAGCCCUGCUAAGCUGUCCCCAAGGAACAGAAGCCCUCUCGCAGGAAUACUACGCACCCCCAGUCCUGUGCAGCGGAGAAUGGGGAGCUACAGCCCCGCCAAGUACUCUAAAUCCUGGCUAGGACUGCACAGAAUCCCAGCCGGCAAGUCGGAAGGACAAGAGAAGAAAAGGGGGAAAUCUCUGAGUGUACCUGACUUGAUUGUUUACUUGGAUGAGAGCAGGAUUCACACUGAAAAAGGUGAACGCUCUCCACUGAAACUGCUGCAAUCACCCAACUGCAACGGGCCAGCCAUCACCAUCAAAGCACCAGUUAACCACAGACUCAAUCACUCCGCUAAUGAAGCCCAUCUGUCAAGCAAUGGCAAAGAGCAUUCCCCUGGACUAAUGAAUGGCAAAGUGCAGGGGAAAGUAAACGAGAAGGGAAGAAAUGACAAAAUGGAACAUGGCAAGUUACCAAUAGGAUAUGGCUCUAAGUUUUCUUGCCAGUGGAAUGAAGCAACAGCAGAAGAUGGCAGGAUUCAUAAGGAGUCUAAAGGUGAACAGAAUGAUGACGAGAAGAGGAAGGAGAGAGGAGGAGGCGAGCCAAAGGAUGAAGAGAAGCCGGAGCAGAAAUUGUACAAGAUAGCCAAUGAACUCCUGCAGACAGAGAGGGCUUACGUGGCUCGUCUACACCUGCUUGACAAGGUGUUCUGCUCACGCCUAACAGAAGAGGCCGGUCGAGGCUCAUUCCCUCCUGAGGUCAUAAAAAAUAUCUUCUCCAACAUAUCCUCUAUCUACUCCUUCCAUAGCCAGUUUCUGCUACCUGACCUGGAAAACUGCAUCAGCCACUGGCUCGAGAGCCCGGGCCUGGGUAAUGUCCUGCUGCAACAUGCGCCGUUCCUGAGGAUGUACGCCGACUACAUCAGGAACUUUGACCAGGCAAUGGAGCUAGUGAGGACCUGGACCGAACGCUCCUCUGCCUUCAGAAACAUCAUCCAAGAUGUACAGAGUCAGGAGGUGUGUGGCAGCCUGACCCUACAGCACCACAUGCUGGAGCCAGUCCAGAGGGUUCCACGUUACGAGAUGCUGCUCAGGGAUUACCUGAAGAAACUGCCCGAGGACAACCCAGAUUAUCAGCCGGCUCACAAGUCCUUCCAGACCAUUUCCAUGGCAGCCACCCACUCAAACAGCGCCAUCCACAAAGCCGAGAGCCUGAAGCGGCUGCUGGAGAUCUAUGAGAUGGUUGGAGAGGAGGAAGUGGUCAACCCAACCAACGAGUUCCUCAAGGAGGGACGCCUGCUCAAGCUUGCUGCCAGGAACACAUCCGCCAUGGAGAGGCAUCUAUUCUUGUUCAACAACUUUCUGCUGUGCUGCACUCCUAAGUUCAGCCUUGUUGGGCAGCGUUUUACUGUCCGCUGCAGAAUCGGAGUGGAUGGCAUGCAUGUGCAGCAGACCACCAAUGAAGGCCAUCCAUACACCUUCCAGGUCUCUGGAAAGGAGAGGACCCUUGAACUGCAGGCCAGCUCUGAACAAGAUAGAGAUGAGUGGAUAAAGUUAAUUCAGGAAGCCAUUGAUGUGUUUCAGAAGAAAAAUGAAACCUUCAAGUUGGCUUCUAAGGAGCUAAAUGUAGAAGAACCGAUUGAAGAACUUGGCCGACGUGCCCCUCGCUGGAUCAGGGACAACGAGGUGACCAUGUGUAUGAAAUGCCAGGAACCCUUCAACGCGCUCACCAGGAGAAGACACCACUGCAGAGCCUGUGGCUGCGUGGUGUGCUGGAAGUGUUCAGACAAUAAAGUGGCUUUAGAGUAUGACAAUAACAAGCUGAACAAAGUGUGUAAAGCCUGCUACUCCAUCCUGACCGGUCAGAGAGGGGAGAGGGUGGAGGGAAAGAAGAGACGAAUAGUGGAGCUGGAGGCAUCUCCAGUGUCCAGUGACGGCUUGAUGAGUGGCUUCCUGCUGUACGGUGACAACCCCAAGACCUGGCAACAGGUGUGGUCGGUUAUCACCAGAACUGAACCUCCGACCCUCUGUCUGUACACUGCUCCACAGGAUGUAAAGCCCCUGUCCUGUAUACCUCUGCUAGGCUGCAGAGUGGAGGAUUCCCCUCAACAGCUCCAGGGUCAGCCUUGUUUCUGUUUAAGCCAAUCCAGAGCAACCCACACAUUCUCCUGCGAUAGCUUGGACCUCAAACAGAGCUGGCUGACUGUUCUCAAAGUUGCUGUGACAGGCAGGAUGCCACUCAGUGGCUAUGACAUCACCACAAAUGGCUCCAGAUGUGGAAUUAAUGGUGACGUGAAUGAAGGAAGAGUCUCUAGUGGUGAGGAAUUUAUCAUCAAUGGCAACAUAGAAAACUACUCCUGAAUGUUUGAGAUUAGCCACGAUGGAAAGGAAGAAAUACAAGCAUGUACACGAACAUACAGCAACAAUUAUAAGACGGUAGCUUUGAACUGCACAUUUUGAUAAAAUGAAUGAAAUGUAGAAAUGAAAUUCAGGAAUGUAAAGAUUGUUGAUAAAUAAUAUUCAGACUGAGAAAUGUGUUUUCCUUAUAAGUGGCAAUGCACUUUAUUUCUGAAAUGAUUUACAGUAAAAUAAAUAAAGUGAAGGUGUUUUAACAUGA